AUGGCUAAUCAGAAUGAUUUUGAUGUAAAAAGUCUUGAGCCUAACAAGGACAACAACCUUAAUACAAAAAAAACUAAAGAAAACGAUAACGAAACUUCCGAUGACCAUCCUAGUGUACCCGUUAGUUCGUUCAAGACCUCAGAAAACGAUUUCGAUAAUGUAGAUUCAUUGCAAAAAUUUUUUGAUGAAGAAGUUACACCAGCGAGUACGUUGAAAAAUAAUAAACAACUAUAUUGCUAUGAUCGAGAAACGGCGAAAACUUUGAUGUAUUUAAUAGACAGUAGAGAUCGCCAAAAAGUGUCCUCAUGGAUAAGAAAACUGGAUAAGAUGAAUGACAAAGAUGGAAUAUUAGAACGUGUGGUCUACAUUAAGUACCUGGUGGCCACACUGAGUGGAUCGUUGGGAUUGGUGGAACCAUUCACGUCUAUGCCACCAGAAAAAGUAAAACCUUUGCAAAUGAUUUUACCGCCAUCAGUAUAUGCUGAUCUAGUGAAAGAUGAUCCAGAGCCAGUUGUAAGGAAAAAGAUAUAUGCUCAUAAAUUGCAGAAUUCAAAUAGUUUAUUGCUACAAGACAAAAAGUUUUAUGAACAACAACUCUUUCCGCCAGAAGGCAUAAUAUGCUAUGCAGCUGCUUUCAGCAUCAUAUAA